AUGUCCUACACCUCCCGCCAGAAGCAGCUCAUUAAGAAGCUAUGGGAUGAAAAAGGUUUUCGGGAGGAAAUCAAGGCUUUUCAGGAGAAGAUCAAGGGCUUUCGGGAGAAGAUGAAUGCCUUUCGGGUGAAGAUCAGGGCCUUCAGGAUGGCGAUCCAGGCCUUCUGGGAGGAGGAAAACCCCAUCUGGGAGGAGGAAAAUGCCUUUCGGGAGGCAGAAAAGGCUUUCCGGGAAGAUGCAAAAGCCUUCUGGGAGGGGUACAGGGACUUCUGGAACAGGUAUAAUGCUUUCUGGAAGAAGGACAAGGCUUUCUGGAAGGAGGAUCAGUUCCUCUGGGAAAAGGACAAGGUUCUCCUGGACGAGCACCAGGUCCUGUGGGCAGAAGAAAAAGCUCUCUGGGCAGAUGAAAAAGCCCUCCUAGAAGAGGAAAGAGCUUUCUGGGAGGAUGAGGAAGCCCUCCGAGAAGAUGAAAAAGCCCUCCAAGAAGAUGAAAAAUCUAUCUGGGAAGGGGCAUUUGGCCUUCUGAGAGGAGAACAAUUACUGCUAGCUGUAGCUAUCAAUGCUCCUAGGGGUCAUGGUCCAGAUAUUCUCAGAGGAAGAGGGUAG